AUCGUCAUCACGCACUUUUUCUCUCUAACACUUUCACACUCUUUCUCUCUCUCUCUCUCUCUCUCUCAGAAUUUUCUCCUCUCUCCGAUUCCUUUUAUUAAUUGGAGUUUUCUCGCUCCUUUUUCUUUCCCUGAAAACAUUUCAUCUUCGUAUUGAUGUCGGAAAAGGGUCGGCCACUUCCCAAAUUUGGUGAAUGGGAUGUCAAUGAUCCAGCCUCAGCUGAGGGGUUCACGGUGAUUUUUAAUAAGGCCAGGGAUGAGAAAAAGACAGGUGGCAACCCAGAGUCACCAGGAAAGACUGCUACUGAUCCUCAUAGCAAACCUGCAGUAGAGCCUGGCAAAACUCAGACUAAAAAAUGGUUUUGCUGCAUGCAAAACCCUUCUGCCGAAUCAUAGCAUAGCAAUGGUUGCUCCUGUGAAAAGCCUGAACAGAAGAACAAUGUUUAUGUGUAACUAGCGUCACAGUAUUUUCUCAAAGAUAAGAGCUGUAGAGCCAUAAGCGAAUUCUACGGAAUUUAUAUUAUGUGAUGUAAAAGUGAGCUGCAAUGGGGGAAAGAAAAGAAGACAGACUAUUAUUUAUGUGUGUGUAUCAAUGUUGUGGUUUAUUAUUAGGAGCCAGGGUUGCUUCCUGUUUUGCCUUGUCUUGCGCUAUGAGCUAGAGCGUUGCUUGUCACAUUGUAUUGCUUGUAUUAUGAAACAAAUCCUAUUUUAUGAACCCAUUUUAUUCCUUCCUUUUA